GCCGUCGAGCCGCCGCGUGUUUAGCUCUCUCGCCACCGCCGCGCGCCGCCGCCCCGGCCCUCCCGCCGCCGGCGCCUUGGCCGCGCCACCAUGGGCAUCCUGUUCAGCCGCGUGUUCCAGGCCCUCUUCGGGUCCAAGGAGGUGCGCAUCCUCAUCCUCGGCCUCGACAACGCCGGCAAGACGACGAUCCUCUACAAGCUCCAGAACGAGACCGACGACGAGGAGAUCAUGACCAUCCCGACCAUCGGCUUCAACGUCGAGACGCUCCAGUACAAGAACAUCAAGUUCCAGGUCUGGGACCUCGGCGGCCAGACGAGCAUCCGGCCCUACUGGCGGUGCUACUACCCGAACACGGACGCGAUCAUCUUCGUCGUCGACUCCGCGGACAAGGAGCGCCUCGCCGUCGCGCGCCAGGAGCUCCAGGCCAUGCUCGAGGAGGAGGAGCUCAAGGACGCGAUCCUCCUCGUGCUGGCGAACAAGCAGGACCAGCGCGGCGCGCUCGGCGCCAAGGACGUGUCCGAGGCGCUCGGCCUGCCGGACGUGCGCAACCGCCAGUGGUCCAUCCAGGAGACCUGCGCGACCAAGGGCAAGGGCCUGUCCGAGGGCUUCGACUGGCUCGUCACGUGCAUCAAGGGCGAGUAGGCCGGCGGGCGUCGCGCGUCCUAAACAACCGUACCCGGG